AUGCCAGGGUACAUUUUAAACACGACAGCGUGUCAGAAUCUUCUGCAACGUGGUAACGCGACCAUACGACAAGGUCUCGCGCCAUCAAUCGAACGCUGGGAGACGCUUCUGCUCGUGACUGGGUUCGGCGUGUUCACCACUCUCGUUGCGCUGCUGUUCGUCUGCAUACGAAAGAACAUCUACAAUGAUAAGAACACACUCGACACCGCGUUUGAUGCCGGCGGGAAGGUGAGCGUCGGUUUGACGGCGACGACAAUAGUCUCUCAGUGGACCUGGGCCGCCACUCUCUUGGUAUCAUGCACCGUCACCAGCAAGUACGGCAUCAGCGGCCCUUUCUGGUACGCGGCAGGUGCGACAAUCCAGAUUUUGUUGUUCUCUAUGGUCUCGGUACAGCUGAAGGUUCGAGCCCCAGGCGCCAAGACGUUCCUGCAGGUCAUUAGGGCCCGGUACGGCUCAAAUACGCAUAAGGUGUACGUCUUCUACGCUUUACUUACAAACGUCAUCGUUACCGCCAACUCCAUGCUCGGCGGCUCUGCAGUAUUGUCCGGCCUCACGCGUGAGAUGAGCGUCGAGUACGCCACCGUGCUGAUGACAGCCGUCAUCGGCACGUACACGUUCAUCGGCGGCCUGGGUGCCACCUUCUACGUCUCCUUUUUUAACACUGCGCUUAUCUGCGUCAUGAUGCUCGUGUUCGUCGUGCGCGUCUAUGACGAUCCGGGCAAAAUCGACAACCCACUGGGCAGCGAGAAGAGCGUGUAUGACCUUCUGGUGUGCAGUCUUGGGCCGGAGGGCAAUGAGGACCACAGCUUCCUCACCUUCGUCUCCAGAUCUGGAUUCCUCUUUGGACUCAUCACUAUCUCUAGCGGAUUCGGAACCUGUUUUGUAGACCAGUCUUUCUGGCAGAGUAGCGUGGCGGCUAAGCCCCGUCAAGGGGUUCUGGGUUUUCUGGCCGGUGGUCUCGUCUGGUUCUCCAUCCCCUUCGCGCUCGCAUCUACCAUGGGGCUGGGCUACAUCGCCCUAAGCGCUUACCAGGACACGUCGCUUCUUUCGGAGGAGGAAGUAAAUCAAGGACUAGUAUUACCUGCGGUGGCUCAACACUUGUUGGGUAAGAGCGGCGAUAUGAUCAUACUCAUCAUGGUCAUGAUGGCGGUAGUAUCUACGGGCUCGGCGGAGGUGGUGGCCGUCACCUCCAUCAUAGUCUACGACAUAUAUCAGCUGUACCUAAAACCGUACCGUCUAGUGCACGACGCGAACAGCUGUAUUCUGUGCGGCAGAUGUCGUGGCCGGAAGGCGAACGUGCGUGACCGAUGCACGUGCGAGAGUAUGACAGUCUGCGAUGCGUGCUCUCAUGACGAUAGAGAGAGGACGAUGAGCAGGCGCGUCGAAAAAUCCCCGUACGAGUGCCACAUUCAUGGCCCAUACCGAGAGUAUACGGACGUCCUGUCGCACCUAAAGAACUGGUGCCUCCUCUGGGUCACACUGGGCAUCAUACCUCUCACCAUCCUGCUUUAUACACUCAAGAUCAACUUGACAAUCGUGCACCUGUUCAUGGGCGUCAUCAUCAACUCGGCGGUGGUACCCAUCACGCUGUCCAUGUUCUGGGAGCGGCUCACUGGGCUCGCCAUGAUCGCCGGAAGUGUCAGCGGCUCCAUUCUGGCGCUAAUCGCCUGGCUUAUCGUAUCUGCGUCAUACGCCGGUGGACUAAACCAGUUUGGAAUCAAUGCUACUCGCGAGGUGCCAAGCUUCACGGGAAACCUGGUGUCGCUACUGUCCGGGGGCGUGAUCGCCGUGCUGGUCAGUCUUUUGUCCGGCAAGAACAAGGAGGGAGCGGAGGUGUGGGAGAAAACUAGGGACAUUGACAGUCCGCUCAGUCCCUGGACGGAGCUUUAUGCAAAGGAUCUCAACCUGGUCGGCGCAUACCGCCUGGACAACCGGCCGCCACUGGUAGAGGUGCAAGCGGCGUUCAGGUCCGCCAAGUAUGUGGCGUUCGUUGCAUCCCUCGUGCUUUCGGCGUUCCUCGUGUUCAUCUGGCCGAGCAUUAUGGUGGCGGUGCACGUGAUGGCGUACGAGGCAUUCUACAGUUGGGUGACAUUAUCGAAGAUUUGGGCGUUCACCGCUACAAUAUUCAUAAUCAUUGUUCCUUUUGCUAGUGAAAUAUGGGACAUUUACGCCGCUUUCCGUAGAAACGUUCGGACAUACCCGGAACCAGCAAAUGCCGAAACAACGAGUCGGUCUAACACGGAAUUAACCGAGAACGUUAAAUUGCCUCAUGGGGAAACUCCGGAUGUGCCACGCAGAAACUUCAAGCGGUUGUCGUCUGUUUCCGUAUUACAAGCUGGACAGAGUAACGCUGACUUUGACUUAAGUUGAUCUACAAACAAAGGUGAUGAUUUGCACGUGAAGGGACAUUAAGACUUUAGAUUAGUUUUCGGAAAACAAGGUUUAAUGAAUGUGCGUAAAGUGUCAUUCCAUCCUGUGCAGUCUACAUAGGUUAAUCAGGGAAGACAGUUUCAUCUUGUAUGGUAUUUGUUCGUUCCUUCGUUUGAAGGAAGUCUUUUCUUUGCAAAAAUCUAGUCUAUUCGAAAAGUGUCGGUCACUAAGUAAUAUGAUAUAACAUUUUAUACACAUCAAAUAUUCCCAAAGUAGAUUCAGAGAACAACUAAGGAGCAUUGUUUUAGUGGUUUUACGGCUGAGCAAAAGAGUUGUUACAAGAUUAUUUUUUUCUGGUAGGGGAAGUAAACGUCGCGAGAAUUUUUAUCACGAUAUUGAGUACAGUAGUCUUUCCUGAAUCGAAGAAUACGCAGGUGUUCCCUGUUAAUUAAGUUGCCUGCCUUGUCCACAGUGCUCAGACAUAAACAACAUCGCCUAUACACGACGCCAUGUUAUUGUUCGUAAGUAAUUGCGGGACUACUUUUCUUACGUGCAUUUUAUGGAUUUGGAAAGGUAAUACAGUUAUGCCGACGUUUCUCCAGUAGAAAAUGUUUGUCAUGUCUAUUGCCACAGGUGAAAGUUCACCGAGACACUCGUUAAAAGUGGUCCAGCAACAAAAAACAAGAAUACAAAUUAGUUUCCAUUUGUUCACCUAAAAGCCAAUUUUACAAUAAUCUUCCAUCCGGGCAGCAUACUCAAUGAUUCUCAUAGCUUAACAAAAACCCGAGUCAUUUCUAUUGGCAAAGUAACUUUUUCUGUUAGCACCGGAAUAAUUUGCUAUGAUAUCGGACUCCAAUGUGGACUUAAAGUCUUUAUAAUGAUUUUUAUUGCUUUCAAACACUUGUUAGUAUCCAUAAUACAUGGUCCUAUUAAAGAGGGGAUUUAACAUUUGACCAGACUUAUUAGAGCAACCGAUCAUUCAUUCAAGUGGUCGGCAAACAUAUCCACUUAUGUUAUUAAUGUAUUUGUCGUAAAUUAAUGAUAUAACAAAUAAACAGAGAUACUGAUUACACAUGGACUUACUUUACAAGGUGUGGAAUCUUUUUAUUGCAUUUCUCCACUACUGUUAGGCAUAGAUAUUAGUGUAUAUAUACAUCCAGAGGCCCAGACUUGAG